GAGAGAGAGAGGAGGGAGGGAGAGGCGGAGCUGAUCCCGUUUAAACCUAAUCCUAUUCAGCUCAAUGUUUGUUAAUAAGUGUCUGAGACCACAGUUGCAGUUCAGAGUUGAUGUGUUACUGUGACACAUUGCGACAGUGAUCCGCUGUAACGCGUCUCGGCUCUGACUGUUUAAAGGGCAAAAGCGGAGAGAGAGAGAGAAAUUAAGACAAGGUGCGAAUGCAUAGCGACGCAGGAAGUUGCCAAGGGCCGGGAGAGAAACAUGGGGCGAUAGAGAUGGAGAUUGAGUUGGAGGAGAGCGGUGUGACCGAGGAGGAGAAGACGGGGGAUGUCACCGUAUUGGACACCAGCCGGACGCGGGGGGAGGCAGAUGACUCCCCUCCCGGCCCCCGGCUCCCCGAUGGUGGCUACGGCUGGCUGGUGGUUUUUGCCGCCACCUGGUGUAACGGCUCCAUCUUCGGGAUCCAGAACUCCUUCGGGAUUUUGUACGUUUUGAUGCUGAACGAGCAGGAAGAUCAGAAGGAUUCUGCCGUGCAGUUCAAAACAGCCUGGGUCGGUGCUCUCUCAAUGGGAAUGAUUUUCUUCUGCUCUCCUGUUGUCAGUAUGUUCACCGAUCGGUUUGGAUGCCGACGGACGGCAAUGGGUGGUGCAACGGUAGCUUUCAUUGGGCUCCUUUCCAGCUCUUUCACAAAGUCCUUGGGAUUGAGGUACCUCACCUAUGGCCUCCUCUUUGGGGGUGGCUCAUCAUUUGCUUUCCAGCCUUCCUUAGUCAUCCUCGGCCAUUACUUCCGACGACACUUGGGACUUGCCAACGGGGUGAUGACGGCCGGGAGCAGCAUUUUUUCCAUCCUGCUCCCCCUCCUGCUGAAGAAGAUCGGUGACAGUCUGGGGCUGGCCCACAGCCUGCAGAUUCUCAGCCUUUUCAUGUUCAUUCAGAUUAUCCUGUCAGUGUCCUACAAACCCUUGGUGCCCUCAGGGGAAAAAGCAGCAAACAGUCGCCAGUGUCUUCACAAGUGCCUGAACAUGAGAGUCUUCAGCAAGGUCACCUAUAGGGUCUGGGCCUUUGGUGUGGCCACUGCCGUUUUGGGGUACUUCGUGCCUUAUGUUCACUUGAUGAAAUACAUCGAAGAAACCUUUAAGGAUAACAACAGAAACUGGAGUCUGCUGGUCUGCAUCGGAGCAUCAUCAGGCAUUGGACGCCUGAUGUUUGGCAAAAUUGGGGACUUGAUACCCGGACCCAAGAAGGUCUACCUACAGAUGGCAUCCUUUUGGGUGUUGGGGAUAAUGUCCAUCAUGAUACCACUGUGCCAGGUCUUCGAAACUGUGAUUGUCGUCUGCAUUUUCCUGGGCCUCUGCGAUGGCUGCUUCAUAAGCAUUAUGGCGCCCAUUGCCUUUGAGCUCGUUGGACCUCAAGAGGCCUCGCAGGCCAUUGGCUUCCUCUUGGGGCUCAUGGCGAUUCCUAUGACAGCUGGACCACCCAUUGCAGGAUUAAUCCAUGAUUACCUGAGGUCCUAUCAGAUGGCUUUUUACUUGGCCGGAGUGCCGCCCAUCGUCGGGGGGACCGUUUUGUUCUUCGUGCCCCUGAUCCACGGCCGGAUCCUCAAGAGGCAGGAAAACCGGGAUGAUCCCAGCGCUGAUAAGGUGUUGAUCUCUCAGAGCGUAUUGAACGGAGACAUGCUGCCCGGCUGCCCCAACCCUGAACCCUCUGUUUAGACCUGGUGUCGCCUUCAGUGCCAAGAGCCACGUUCCAGAGCGGGAUUCCUUCCCAAGGACACGGCAGCGAUCAUUUAAGGUGGGGGGGGGGGGGGGGUCCAACCUGUUGGCUGCUGAGGGCCGGAGGCCCGAUUUGAGAAACGUCCGGGGACCGCCUGAGCAAUAUUUUAUCCUGAUUGACCAGUCUCGGUGCCGGGUGGAUCCUGAGAUCCUGGGGACCAUCUCCUGAUUGGCUUGGGGUCUGCGUGUGUCGAUUGAAUUUGCACGUCAGAAAAUUAAGUUGGGAACGGCCCGCGGGCCGGAUAAAAUCAUCUCCCGGGCCGGAUGCGGCCCGCGGGCCGCUACUUGGACCCACCCUGAUUUAAGACAAUUUAGUUGUUCCGCACAAUCACACAUUUUUUAUCAAAAAAAACGAGGGUGGGGAGAGGGUUGGGGGGGGGGGCAGCAGUGAGUUGUUAUCUCUUAUCUCGCUUCUUCUUGUCAGGAGGAAUUCUUUAUUCUACUCCUGAUGAAGUGAGAUAAGCAAAGAAACUGACGACCUGUUCGUUCCCUCGUGCUGUGACCAGUUAACCUCUUUGUAAUGUUUGGAUGCGUUGGCAGAGGAGGGGAAUGUGCUUUAUCUCAUACCCCCACCGGAUACUUUCCUCGGUGGGGAGGUAAAUAAUAAUAUUUAGCGAUGUGAAAAGGAAACAAGAGAGAACUACUGUGAAAAGUU